UCGGCGGCGACUGAGGCCAGGAGGCGGUCUCUGUCUCUCGGGCGGCAGGCUAGGCCCAGGCCUCUCCCGCCGCGCCUUGGCCCUCGAAGGGAAACGGGCUCUGAGGGGCCCCAGGCGCUGGGCCCAGCCGGAAGGAGCCUUCGACGGCCGGCCUUGCAGCCCUUUCCCUUCGGCUCCCGGCUGCCUAGCCCUCCCACCUCGCUGUUCUCCCCCUCCCCCUUCAGCCUCUUCCUCGUCUUCCAGGCAGAGCAACAGCCUGCCUUCGGGGUUUCCUGAGGUGAGACCUUGGCUCUUCUGCCUGCUCGCUCAGUAUCGCUCUCCACAUGCCAGCUCAGCUGGGAGCCCUGUAGUCACUACAGUGUAGUUGAUGCACUUUCACCCUUCUGUCUCUUCAGGAAGACUGCCUUUGGAGAGUUGUGUGUACUUCAUGCUCCUAAUUCCACCUCACUUUCCUUGGCUUUCCGUAGUUGCUCCGUUGGAGAUGGAAUAAGCCACUGAGCCUGAAGGGCUGAGAACACACUUUGUCCUGGAGUCCUGCCACUGUGUCUCCGGCAGAGAGAAGGCCUGCCUUUUUCCCUCCCCGGUGUUUGUGGAUGUGAUGGAACUCAUGUUUGCAGAGUGGGAGGACGGGGAAAGAUUCUCAUUUGAAGACUCAGAUCGCUUCGAGGAAGACUCCCUUUGUUCCUUCAUUUCGGAGGCAGAGAGCCUUUGCCAGAAUUGGAGAGGAUGGCGGAAGCAGUCGGCCGGACCCAACUCCCCCACGGUCAAAAUGAAAGAUGGGCUCGUGAUUCCAUUGGUGGAACUUUCUGCAAAACAGGUUGCAUUUCACAUUCCAUUUGAAGUGGUGGAGAAAGUUUACCCACCUGUGCCUGAACAGCUACAACUUCGUAUUGCCUUUUGGAGCUUUCCAGAAAAUGAAGAAGAUAUCAGGCUGUACUCCUGUUUGGCAAAUGGCAGUGCAGAUGAGUUCCAGAGGGGUGAGCAGCUCUUCCGAAUGAGGGCUGUUAAGGACCCAUUGCAGAUAGGUUUCCACCUGAGUGCUACAGUGGUGCCUCCCCAAAUGGUGCCACCAAAAGGAGCGUACAACGUGGCAGUCAUGUUUGACAGAUGCAGGAUCACCUCGUGUAGCUGCACUUGUGGAGCUGGGGCCAAAUGGUGUGCCCAUGUUGUAGCCCUCUGUCUCUUCCGGAUACACAAUGCAUCUGCAGUGUGUUUGAGAGCACCAGUCUCAGAAUCCUUGUCUCGACUUCAGAGAGAUCAGCUGCAAAAAUUUGCACAGUACCUCAUAAGUGAACUUCCCCAACAGAUACUUCCUACUGCUCAGCGCCUAUUGGAUGAACUACUGUCUUCCCAAUCUACUGCUAUCAACACUGUGUGUGGGGCACCAGAUCCCACUGCUGGUCCCUCUGCUUCAGAUCAAAGCACCUGGUACUUGGAUGAAUCUACAUUAAGUGACAACAUAAAGAAAACCCUCCACAAAUUUUGUGGUCCUUCUCCUGUUGUCUUUAGUGAUGUCAACUCUAUGUAUCUCUCCUCCACGGAGCCUCCAGCUGCUGCUGAAUGGGCUUGUCUCUUGCGUCCCCUAAGAGGGAGAGAACCAGAGGGCAUCUGGAACUUGCUUUCUAUUGUUCGGGAGAUGUUCAAGAGGCGGGACACCAAUGCAGCCCCUCUUCUGGAGAUCCUAACAGACCAGUGUUUGACGUAUGAACAGAUAACUGGCUGGUGGUAUAGUGUAAGGACAUCUGCAUCCCAUAGCAGUGCAAGUGGGCAUACUGGCCGUAGCAAUGGCCAAUCGGAAGUAGCUGCUCAUGCUUGUGCAAGUAUGUGUGAUGAGAUGGUGGUUCUUUGGAGGCUUGCUGUCUUGGAUCCAACCAUCAGUCCUCAUCGGCGAAGGGACUUGUGCACGCAACUAAGACAGUGGCAGUUGAAGGUAAUAGACAAUGUCAAAAGGGGACAGCAUAAAAAAUCCCUUGAGAAACUGUUCUAUGGUUUCAAGCCAGCUGUGGAAGCUUGCUACUUCAACUGGGAGGAGGCCUAUCCCAUUCCAGGCAUCACCUAUAGUAGUGCAGACAAGAAGAACUCCUUUUGUUGGGUGAAAGCCAUCCAGCAGAGGAACUGCCGGCCACAGUGUUCUGAACUCUGUGAUGCGGGAAGAUCUCAUGGGACAGAUGCUGCAGGUAUGUGCUUGCAGCUUGGGGAGAGGUCCCGCCUUGCCUCCCAGGAGCCAGCUGUACGCCCCAAAGAACUCAUUGGGAAGCGGAAAAUUGUGUCUGAAGGCCCACAGCGGGUUCUGAGACGACUUUCAGCAGAAGGUGAUAAAGCUACAUACAAAACAGCAGUGAACAAGGGCAAGCUUCCAGUGGGAAAGAACUUGGCCAGCAAACACAGUGGGAAGCGUCGCAUGAGCAGCGAGGACAGCUCUCUGGAGCCAGACUUGGCUGAAUUGACUUUAGACGACAGUAGCUUGGCUCUCGGGGCAGAGGCUAGUAAUACAUUCAGUUUCCCAGAUAGCCCCUUGAACAGAAGCUACAGAGAUACUUAUGAAGAUGAUGGUGGAGUGUAUUUUUCUGAGGCAGCUGAGCCCACCCUCAGGAGCAGUCCUUCCACAAAGAAAAACCCCAAGGACUCAGUUGGAGAAGUGUGCAGCGGAGAUGAUGAUGUCCCUUGCCCAGAUGAGAGUACUGGUGGGGUAUGUUUAAAGCCAAAAGAAGUUGGGGAGAAUGGAGCGGCUGGAGGAGAAGAGGAGGAAGAUGACUAUCAAGUGUAUUAUCUGAAUCCCCAGGAAGUGACUAAGGAAGAAGAUGAGAAGGCUGAGGGAGGGACAGAAGAGGAACAAGACAUGUUUGCUGGGAUCAAGCCCUUGGAGCAGGAAAACCGCAUGGAGAUCCUCUUUGCCUGUGCAGAAGCUCUUUAUGCUCAUGGUUAUAGCAAUGAAGCAUGUUGCCUCACAGUUGAGCUUGCAAAGGACUUGUUGGCCAAUCCUCCUGAUCUCAAGGUGGAGCAGCCCCAAACCAAGGGAAAGAAAAACAAGGUAUCUACUACCAAGCAGACAUUGAUGGCAACAAACACUUUAUCCAAAGCUGCUUUCCUAUUAACUGUACUAAGUGAGCGUCAGGAAUACCAUAAUCUAGCUUUCCAGAUUGGCAUGUUUGCUCUGGAGCUCCAGAGGCCACCAGCUUCUACCAAGGCUUUGGAGGUAAAGCUGGCAUACCAAGAGUCUGAAAUUGUGGCCUUAUUGAAGAAAAUUCCACUGGGUUCUAAUGAGAUGAACACUAUUCGGGGAAGAGCUGAAGAGCUAAGGGAAGGAACUCUCUGUGAUUACCGCCCUGUUUUGCCUCUCAUGCUGGCCAGCUUCAUAUUUGAUGUGCUGUGUACUCCAGUGGUUUCUCCUACAGGAUCCAGACCCCCAAGCCGUAACUGGAAUAAUGAGAUGCCUGGUGAUGAAGAGCUUGGCUUUGAGGCAGCUGUGGCUGCGCUUGGCAUGAAAACGACCGUGAGUGAAGCUGAGCACCCUCUUUUGUGUGAAGGUACCCGAAGGGAGAAAGGAGAUCUGGCUCUAGCCCUGAUGAUCACAUACAAAGAUGACCAGUCGAAACUAAAGAAAAUUUUGGAUAAACUGUUAGACAGGGAGAGUCAGACACACAAACCCCAGACUAUAAGUUCAUUCUACUCAUCCAGCAAGCCUACGGUUCCCAGCCAGAAGUCUCCUUCCAAACAUGCUACCCAGUCAGCUGCACCUAUUCAGCAUCUCCCAGGAGCAUCAGUCACACAACAAACAGGAGUCCCCGCUACUGUCCAGAGUAAUCCUUCAGAACCAUUUUUGGAGAAGAGCACACAAGAAAAUCCACAGAGAUCCCUUUGUGAGCCUUCUGUGGAAUCCAGCAUUUUAAAACAAGAAGGGAAAGUGCCCAGCCGAUUAGCUCUUGGAAACAGAGGUGGAUACAAUGGAAGAUGCUGGGGUUCACCAGUCAGACAAAAAAAGAAACAUACAGGAAUGGCCAGCAUCGACAGCAGUGCCCCAGAAACCACCUCAGACAGUUCUCCAACCCUCAGUCGGCGGCCCCUGCGUGGAGGGUGGGCAGCCACCUCCUGGGGCAGAGGGCAGGAUAGUGACAGCAUCAGCAGCUCUUCCAGUGAUUCAUUGGGUUCCUCCUCUUCCAGUGGAAGCAGGAGAGCCAGUGGAGGAGCACGUGCAAAGACUGUGGAGGUUGGCAGGUAUAAGGGCAGGCGGCCAGAGAGCCAUGCACCACAUGUUCCAAAUCAGCCUUCAGAGGCAGCUGCACACUUUUAUUUUGAGUUGGCUAAGACAGUCCUCAUUAAGGCAGGCGGAAACAGCAGUACUUCCAUUUUCACUCACCCGUCUUCCAGUGGUGGCCACCAGGGGCCCCACCGCAACCUCCACCUCUGCGCCUUUGAGAUUGGACUCUAUGCACUGGGGCUGCACAACUUUGUUUCCCCCAACUGGCUCUCUCGGACCUACUCCUCUCAUGUUUCAUGGAUCACAGGGCAAGCCAUGGAGAUUGGCAGUGCAGCCUUGAACAUCUUGGUGGAAUGCUGGGAUGGUCAUCUGACCCCUCCCGAAGUGGCAUCGCUGGCGGACAGAGCAUCAAGGGCCAGGGAUUCCAAUAUGGUGCGAGCGGCUGCUGAGCUGGCAUUGAGCUGUUUGCCACAUGCUCAUGCCCUGAACCCAAAUGAGAUACAAAGAGCACUGGUCCAGUGCAAGGAGCAGGAUAACCUAAUGCUGGAGAAAGCUUGCUUGGCAGUCGAGGAAGCAGCCAAAGGGGGUGGCGUUUAUCCCGAGGUCCUCUUUGAAGUGGCUCACCAGUGGUACUGGUUGUAUGAACAGACUGUUGGAGGAACUCUUGCCCAGAGGGAAGGAGCCACUGGAUGCAGUGCAAGUGGGGCCCGGGCAUCUUGUGAGGCAGUCCGUGGACUGGCAGAUACAAGAGUGACGUCAGAGCCCACAACAGUGACGGUGGCAGCUGCGGUGACGGCAGCAGCAACAGUGGUGCCUGUGAUAUCAGUGGGGUCAACCAUCUACCAGCAGCACACCAUGGCAGGGCCAGCAAUGGCUCACGCACACACCCAGGGUCUCCAUCCCUAUACCACGCUCCAGACCCAUAUCCCUUGCAACCCGCAAUACAUUGGGCACCCAAUGCAACAUAUGCCACGUCCAGCAGUCUUCCCUGUGCCUGGCACAGCUUAUCCUCAAGGCGUCCACCCAGCAUUCAUUGGAGCCCAGUACCCUUACUCAGUCACUAGCCCGUCUUUGGCGGCCACAGCAGUGUCAUUUCCAGGAGUGCCUGUCCCAUCUAUGACACAGAUUGCUGUGCAUCCAUACCAUGCCGAGACAGGGCUGUCACUCUCUUCCAAUGUAGCAAUAGGAAGUGUCCAUGCAGGGUCUACAUUCCCAGCCAUUCAAGGGACUACCUUGACGAGUCUGUCUUCCCAGCCCAGCUCCCUUGUUACGGGGGGCUUUCCUUCUGAGGAUGAGCAACACAGUCAGCCUGUCAGUCCUCAAGGAUUGCACUACCUCCACUCUGCUUACCGAGUUGGGAUGUUGGCCUUGGAGAUGCUUGGCCGUAGGGCUCACAAUGACCACCCCAAUAACUUCUCACGCAGCCCACCGUACACAGAAGAUGUGAAAUGGCUCCUGGGUUUAGCUGCUAAAUUAGGCGUCAACUAUGUGCAUCAGUUCUGUGUUGGUGCAGCCAAGGGGGUCUUGAGCCCUUUUGUGCUGCAAGAGAUUAUCAUGGAGUCUCUGCAGAGGCUCAAUCCUGCCCACGUUCACAACCACCUUCGCACACCAGCCUUCCACCAGUUGGUACAGAGAUGCCAGCAGGCGUACAUACAGUACAUCCAUCACCGGCUGAUCCAUCUCACUCCAGCAGAUUAUGAUGACUUUGUGAAUGCCAUUCGCAGCGCCAGAAGCGCCUUCUGCCUGACUCCGAUGGGCAUGAUGCAGUUCAACGACAUCCUCCAGAACCUGAAGCGCAGCAAGCAGACUAAGGAUCUGUGGCAAAGGGUCUCCCUGGAAAUGACCACCUUCUCGCCAUGAUGGCUUAGGGGUUGGCCCCUCUUCUCCUUAGCUAGAGCUCUCUUUAUGGCAUCUUUCCCCAUGGGAUCUUUUUUUUUUAUUGUAUAUGUUGGAAACCACUGAUAUGAUGUAUUUAUACCAUGACAUUCCUCCUCCAUGCAAUUGUGUCUGUACUCCACCUUUUUGUUCUCUCCCCUCCAGAAGGUAGAGUGAAGAAAAUCUUUGGGAGUGCAAGAAAAGUCAGUGUGUGUGUUCGUGUGUGUGUGUGUGAGAGAGUAGGGGGCAAUUAGUUAAUUGAUCCUUGAUCUGUGCUUUUCAGUACCCUUUCUGUAUGAAAGCAAUUUUAUGAAUGAAUGGUGUGUCUGUGUGUUGUGCAUGUGCAUACACAUGCAUGUUAGGGGGUAGGGUGGAGCCUGUCUCUUUAAAAUAUUUAUUUUGACAUUUAUAAAUAUGUAUACUACUUUCUAUAAGAUUCUAAAAAAUUUCAUGCAUCAUAGGGGCAGGAGAGGCAGAGUUUGCUUUUUGCACAGAGGACUCCACCUUCGCCAGUUCUUCCAGCAGCAGCGGCCCAGAAGAGCUCUGGCUGAAGUUGGGAAGGCUCCCUCAGCCAGUCCUGUGGGUUUGGAUGAGCAACGGCAACAUCUGUAGGAUCCAGGACAGGAAUUGAACUGGCUGCUGCCAUUUAUUUGCUGCAUAGACUUUGGCCCCAAAUAAUGUUGUCAUCAAACUUCAGAGGACAAGCCUAACCAUGGUGGUUCAGAGUUGUAUAGUCAUUUUACUUUGGCUGGGAUGUUGGCUCUCUUGUAAUCGGUUUCUUAAUCCUUGUUUCAGUUUCCUGAUUAAAACACUCAUUUUCUUA